UUGACACCUAACUUGGACGUAUUGGCCAGUAGGAGUGUGAUACUUCAACAAUACUACAGCGAGGCGGUAUGCACUCCGGCACGUACGGCGCUACUCACCGGCAAAUACCCUAUGCGACUAGGUAUGCACGGAAUGCCGCUAUCUAAUGCAGAAGAUCGAGGCAUUCCUAUAUCAGAGCGACUGCUGCCUUCAUAUCUAAAAGAAAAAGGUUACCAAACUCAUUUGGUCGGUAAGUGGCAUGUGGGUAUGUCACGAAAGCAGUUCCUACCAACCAGAAGAGGAUAUGACAGUCAUUACGGAAUUCUCGGUGGAUUUGUGGAUUAUUAUACGUACAAUCACGUUGAACUGUACCCUAAUGGAAAAGAGUUCUAUGGAGCUGACCUUACGUUUAACGACAUCCCACAAGAUGACGAGGAUAGAUACAUUGUAGACGCACUAACUGAAAGGGCUAUGGACAUCAUACAAAAUCACAAUGACUCAAGUCCAAUGUUCCUUCACUUGGCGCAUAACGUACCUCAUGCGGGUAAUGAUGGAGGGCUGCUCCAGCCUCCAAAAGUACCACUGUCCAAGAGGAAUCAACAUAUUGCACAUUCUGAUAGAAGACUCUAUGCAGAAAUGGUUACUCAUUUGGACCUUAGUAUUGGAAGAGUUGUGAAGGCUUUAGCAGAUAAAGGAAUGUUGCAAAACACUAUUAUUAUAUUCGCGUCUGAUAAUGGAGCCCCGACUGUAGGUAUGCUUAAUAAUUGGGGAGUGAAUUUACCUUUUCGAGGAAAGAAACAAAGUCCUUGGGAAGGAGGCGUUAGAGUCCCAGCCUUUAUAUGGCAUCCCUCAUUAAGACCAAAAGUUUGGGAUGGACUUAUGCACGUUACCGAUUGGCUUCCCACUCUCAUGGGGGCUGUUGGAGGUGAAGUGAAUGUCCAGAUUGACGGUGUUAAUCAGUGGGAUUCUAUAUCACAAGAUGCAAAACCUAAAAGAAAAGAAGUAUUGAUUGCUAUUGAAGACAGUGAUGCCAAUGUUUACGCUGCAUUCAGAGCUGGUGAUUAUAAGAUCGUUGUUGGAAAUGUGACUGGUGUGAGCAAUGGAUACUAUGGGGCUGACCUCAUGACCUAUAGAUCGUCCCCACCUGAUUAUUUUGCUACUCUUAAAUCUUCAGAGGUAGCUAAGGUUUUCAAUCAUUGA